AAGUUCAUGCAUACAAACUCUCCACCAGAUCAAGGUGCAUCCAAUCCAACAUUCUCCAUACUCAAAAAUUCAAUGCCCACUCAAUUUAUUUUUUUCACCAUCUCACUCUAUUGACUUAUUGCACUUGUUUCUGUUACUUUGCAGCAUCCACAUUACACUCUGACUAGUUAGUUCACUUAAUUUUGUUUUACACCAUUUGUAUCCGUUCCCAGUUCAUGCAUUGUAGGCACAUUAAUUAAUCAUUAAUUUAAUGUUAACAGCGAAUUAAUAGUAUUAUAUGUAGUAAUUUUCUGUCAAUGUGCAAUGCAGGAAGCUCUCACUCAGCAUUCACACACAGGAGGAUGGAACAUUGAAGGCCCAAUCUGAAGUCACAUUCUUACACUCACACACACACACUUCUCUCCCUCCACAGGAUAUAAAUUUCUGCUUACAACUCAACUAGUCCACAAACAUUUUCAAAGCUCUUACACCUUCUCAGAUUUCUCACUCUCCCAACAUAAAGAAAAAAAAAGAAAAAGGAAAAAAGUGUAAGAAAAGGAGUGAGAAUAACAUGACCGAACAACUCACGCUCCUCUGUCUCUUUAUCCUCUUCUCCUCAUCUCUCAGUGUGGGGCACGCCGGCGCCGGCGCGGCGGAGAAAAACCCGUUCACCCCCAAAGCCUUCGCGAUUCGGUAUUGGGACAAAGAGAUCCGCAGCGGGCUCCCCAAGCCCACGUUCCUCGUGUCCAAGGCGUCGCCGCUCAGCGCGGCGGACGCCGCGGCGUUCGUCAAACUCGCCGCCGGCAACGCGCUGUCGACCAAGCUCCCGGAAUUCUGCGCCGCCGCGAAGCUCCUCUGCUUCCCGGAGGUGGGGUCCAGCCUCGAGAAGCACGAUAAAGACGCGAACUUUGCCGUCUACAGAGACAAGAACUUCACGAACUACGGAACGGGUCGACCCGGUGGGGUCGACUCGUUCAAAAACUACUCCGAGGGAGAGAAUAUUCCGGUGAACGAUUUCCGGCGCUACAGCCGGAACUCCGCGGGGCAUAAAGACAAUUUCCUCAGCUACGGCUCCAACGGGAACGUGGUGGAGCAGAGCUUCCACACUUACGCCACCGGAGCCACCGGCGGCGGCGGCGAGUUCAAGAAGUACACCGACGACACCAACGUCCCGGACCUCCGGUUCACCUCCUACUCCGACGCCGCCAACGGGAGAACCCAGUCCUUCUCCUCGUACUCCGAAAACGGCAAUGGCGGCGACCAGUCCUUCACCUCGUACGGCAAAAACGGCAACGGCCCCAAAAACCUGUUCUCCUCGUACGGGACAGAGUCCAACGUUGUCGGGUCCGGAUUCUCCAACUACGCCGAAACCUCGAACGCCGCCAACGACACUUUCAAAAACUACGGCGUGGACAUGAACAACCCCACCAACACAUUCUCCAACUACGCCGGCGGCGGAAACGGCGCCGCGGAGAGAUUCUCGAACUACCGCGACAAGGCCAACGUGGGCGCCGACUCCUUCUCCUCGUACGCGAAGUCCUCCAACGCCGCCGACGUGGGUUUCUCAAACUACGGGAAGUCCUUCAACGAGGGGACGGACACGUUCUCCUCGUACGCGAAGUCCUCGAACGGCGAGACGAAGGUGGGUUUCUCCUCGUACGGCGUGAACAACACGUUCAAGGAAUAUUCUAAAGAAGGCGCAGCCAUCUCCUUCGCCAAGUACACCAAUGUGAGCUCGAGCCUCUCGGUUUCAGCGGUGAGUGGCAGUUUCGUGAAUAAGUGGGUGGAGCCGGGGAAGUUCUUCCGCCAGAAGAUGAUGAAGGAAGGGACGGUGAUGCCCAUGCCCGACAUAAGAGAUAAAAUGCCCGAAAGGUCCUUUUUGCCCCGGACCAUUUUGUCCAAAUUACCCUUUUCCGUUUCCAAAAUCGACGAGCUCAAACGGGUUUUCCGGGCCUCGGAUAACGGGUCCAUGGAGCGGCUCAUGCGUGAGUCGCUGGAGGAGUGCGAGCGGGCCCCCAGUCGCGGCGAGACCAAGCGGUGCGUGGGCUCGCUCGAGGACAUGAUCGAUUUCGCCACCUCCGUUUUGGGCCGCAACGUCGCCGUUCGGAGUACCCAAAACGUUAACGGGUCCAAGAAAAAUGUGAUGGUGGGCCACGUUAGUUCAAUCAACGGUGGUAGAGUCACCCAAUCCGUGUCUUGCCACCAGAGCCUCUUUCCUUACCUGUUAUAUUACUGCCACGCGGUUCCUAAGGUUCGGGUCUACCAAGCGGAUCUUCUUGACCCGAAAACCAAGGCCCAUAUCAACCACGGUGUCGCCAUUUGUCAUUUGGACACCUCGGAUUGGAGCCCCACCCACGGAGCCUUUCUCUCACUCGGGUCGGGUCCGGGUAGGAUCGAGGUUUGCCAUUGGAUCUUCCAGAACGACAUGGUGUGGACCAUUGCCGAUUGAGAAAUCAGAAUUUCUGAAUAAGAAGAGAAGAAGAGCUCUAUAGGAAAUUAAAGUUAAAUUAGAAACCCUGUUGUUCUGCUAAGAAACCUUAGCAGCCUCGAGAAUGAUUUGUUUUUAAUUUCAAAAUUAAGUACUGUAAUUUUUUCUUUUUUGAGAUAGAAAAGUUUAAGUUAUGGCUUUACUUUACUACAUUUGGAAGAAGGUAUAUCUUAUAUAAAUAUGAAUAUGAAUAUGAUGAAUAUUAUUUCCUCGAAUGAUCGAUCAA